AUGGAGGAGCCCCACACCUCUGGUCUGGAUCCAGCUCAGGGCCUUGCGUUUUACUCUGUGGUUUAUGGUGCUGUAGGCUUUAACAGAACUAGUGAUUUUCCUUGUUUUGAUUGUUUUUUCCAGGUGAAGAGUGAAGGCCCAAAACUGGUGCCUUUUUUUAAAGCCACUUGUGUCUAUUUUGUCCUCUGGCAUCCAACUUCCAGCCCUUCCUGGUUCAGUGCCCUCAUCAAGUGUCUGCCCAUCUUCUGCUUAUGGGUUUUUCUGCUGGCACAUGGGAUCAAUUUCCUAAUUGCACAUCGAAGUGCCAGCAGGAUCUUGGCUGGAUUAAUAUUCUCGUCAGUAGGGGAUGCCUUCCUCAUCUGGCAGGAGCAAGGUUACUUCAUUCAUGGUUUGCUGAUGUUUGCCAUUACGCACAUCCUGUACUCCUCAGCCUUCGGGAUGAAGCCUUUGGACCUGAAAGCUGGCAUUGUGAUGGUCCUCAUCUCCUGUUCCUGUUAUACCUUCCUUUAUUCCUACCUCUCCGGCCCAUUCACCUACCUGGUGGCUGUCUACGUUGCACUGAUUGGCUUCAUGGGCUGGAGGGCCAUUGCUGGGGUGCAACUGUGCAAUGACCUUUGGACUUGGACCAAGCUUUCAGCCUGCAUCGGUGCAAUGCUUUUCAUGGUGUCAGAUCUGACCAUUGCAGUUAACAAGUUCUGUUUUCCUGUGCCCUACUCACAUGUCAUCAUCAUGGCCACUUACUACGCAGCCCAGAUGCUAAUUGCACUCUCAGCUGUGGAGAGCAGGGAUGAAGAGGACUUCAAAAAGAGGAACUAGAUGGAAUGCUGGCAGGUUCAUGAACUCCUUGGGUAUCACUGGGGUGCUGAAGCUGCUUUCAUCUCUGAGAGAGAACAACUCCUUUUCUCUAGGUGCAUUGGUGAUAUAGUUUUGCUUCUUUGAAGCACUAUCUUUGGGGCUUCUUUUUAGCUGGCUCUCCCUAAAUGCAGCUUACUUCACUGUGGAGUCCACAUCAGAAAUGCUUAGACUGUUCCUGCAGUAGCUACUCAUAGAUCUUUUCUUCUUUGAAAACUUCAGGAGUCCUCUCUAAUGCUACGUUGUAUUUGUUAAGCAUGAGGCUGGUGCUGAAUGCUGUGGAAGGAGGGGGGCUAAUUUAAAGAGACCAUAAAAAGAGGCUGCAUGGUACACUGGGUUGAGACUUACUUUCAACUCUGGACAUACAACUCCAAAUCCCAUCUGAAGUGAUAAGUGAAAAGGAGUUUAAUCUAGUUUCUAAGCUAGUCCCCAGUUACAUGCAUUACAAAACCACUACAUUGUGUGAGGCAGUUGAUAGUUUCUGCUCAAAGGAUGACUGUGAUUAAAUAGGCAAGAGGGUCUUGCAGGUCAGGACUGAGAUGCAUUAGCAAAAUAUCUGGCAGGAAAUUCUCACUCUACUUGGUUCAAACCAAGGUUCUUUCAUUGUUCCAGAUUCAUGCAAGCUUUUCCUAAAAGGCCAUUUCAGGCUUUUUCUGGCUAAUGUGAAUGCUAUCAAGCAUUUAAAACAUGGCAGACUUACAGUGACAACAGUAGAAUGCAAUGACAUUCAGAGACUGUGAAAACAGGAAAUGAGAAGGUUUUUUUAAGUGGAUAGAUUACAAUCCAGGGACAAGUGCCUAAAGGUAGGUGGCAGUUUUAGCAGUCAUUUUUCAGCAUGUGUCAUCUUGGUUUGAGAUAAUCCUGUAGAGCAGUUCCAAGGUGUGAUGGAGCAUUGGCUCUACCUUUCAAUAUCAGACCUCCACCUGUGUCACCAGUGGCCUUGUUGGCUCAAUUUGUCACCCAGGAAAUCCCAUGAACAUCCACUCUGCCUUCAGCUAUAGGUGUUUUGGAGCCCCCGAAUCAGUGACAAUAUUUGGGCCAACCACA